GGAAAGAGAAGGGCUGCCAGGCCCUGCCUCGUGUGGGAAGAAUGUGAUGAUGGGGGGAAUGGAGCAUUUGCUGUGGGUUCUGUUUCUUCUAAUGGAGACCUCCAUUCCCUUCUUUUUUGUACUCUGCUGCUAGAUAACCAACCAGCCUCAGCAGAGACCCCCACAUCCUUGAGGAGGUGAGUGGAAGAGCGCAUUUCAUCUCUGGAAACCUAGAGCCUGGUAAAUUACAGCAUGAAGCCUCAGUACAUGGUGGUGCUGUUGCUGAGUUUGGCCAGGCCAGUUCUGUCAGGUCCUGAACCACUCACUGGGCCAAGGUGCACCUAUACCUUCAUCUUGCCACAACAGAAGUUCACAGGGGCUGUGUGCUGGAACAGUGUUCACCCUCUGCCAGCGCCCCUGUGCCUCAAUCGUAGUGAGGUGGAGGAGCUCCGUUUCCAGCUGGGCCGGCAGCAGGCUCAAAUGGAUGAGCUGCGUCGACUGGUGGAAGUGGAUAGGUCAGUGGUGAGUGAAGUCAAGGCGCUGCGCAAGGAAAGCCGCAAUGUCAACGCCCGUGUCACCCAACUAUAUAAUCAGCUGCUUCAUGAGAUCCUCCAGCGACGAGAGCGGCCAGUACAAACUUCCCAGCUCGAAGGGCAAGUGGCCAAUGCCUCUGCUGAGGCCUUGCGCGUAGCUGCCAAUUAUCGCCAGCUGGAAGGCAAGUAUCUUGCCUUGGCAGCCCUGGUCAACAACCAGAGUGCCCUCAUCAGCCGACUGGAGAGAGACUGCCAGCAAGAAACAAGGGGCAGAGUGCACCCCCAGCCACCCUUGGUGCCAGUAGUACCUCACAACCCUGUAAACGUUGUAAAUGACAGCAGGGUCCAUCUUGAUGCCAUCAAUGACAUCCAGCAAGACCAGACUGCACCUGCCGAGCACUGGCCACACAAGGCUCCGGUUCCACUGGAUGGCACUGUCCAACCACCAGUUUUGCUCACCAGAUCCGCAGGGCCAUGGUGUGACUGUCAAGCAGCUCAACAGGAUGGGCAGUCCAGUGGCAUCACCGUGCUGCAACCAAUUGGUGCUCGGGGCAUCAUCCAGGCCUGGUGUGACCAGGAGUAUGAUGGGGGUGGUUGGACUAUCAUCCAGCGGCGGCAGGAUGGGUCAGUCAACUUCUUUAUCACCUGGCAGCACUAUAAGAAUGGUUUUGGGAAUUUGGACGGAGAGCACUGGCUAGGUCUGGAGCCCAUUCACUGGUUGACUCGCCAGAGCUCAUAUGUGCUGCGAGUGUGGAUGGAGGAUUGGAGCGGGCGCCAGGCUUAUGCUGAAUAUGAUACCUUUGCCCUGGAGCCUGAGAGCGAUUUCUACCGGUUGCGACUGGGACACUAUCAAGGCAGCGCUGGGGACUCCCUGUCCUGGCACAAUGGCCGACAAUUCAGCACGCUUGACCAUGACCAUGAUGCUUACUCAGGCAAUUGUGCCCACUUCCAGAAAGGUGGCUGGUGGUACAAUAUGUGUGCCCACUCCAAUCUCAAUGGCAUCUGGUACAAGGGAGGGCACUAUCGAAGCCGCUAUCAGGAUGGAGUCUACUGGGCAGAGUUUCAUGGUGGUGCCUACUCGCUUCGCAAGGUGGCAAUGAUGAUCCGGCCCUCACAAGACACUUAAGUUAAGCGAACGUUCAUCUUAUCUUCUAAGAGAGAACGCACUAACAGGCAAGCACCCUUCUUUCUAUAUUUUUCUUUUACUUGACUUAAAUUGUUGCUGUUUAAAAGAGAUUUGCCAGAUUGAUCGGUUUUUGACAUCUCACUGGGGAGCCGUAACUUCUCUCUGCUACGCACUAAUUAAUAGCUUAUCUCUGUUUUUGUUGCAAAAAGCUGUCCUGGAUUUGCAUUCUAAAGAUACACACAGAAGA